AUGCACCGCCCGGAGAGCGCGGUCCAAGCGUCCUGCCACGAACAGCCGUCAAUUUUUGUUUUACGCUCUGCGCCUUUAAUGAUUCACGAAAAAAAUUUUGAAAUUUGUUUUUUUUUCUUUUUUCCUUUUUUUAAAAUUAUAUUUCUCUUUCUGUGCUCGAGUUGUGUAAUAGAUGGAGAUCCUUCUCAGUUUUAUUUUCAGAAACUCGAAGGGCGAUUUUUGUUACUGAGGUUGAGUGUGGGACUGAUAAAUUUUUAACGGUUCGUACUUUUUAAAUUACUUUUUAUUUUCUUGCGCAAGUGAAAUGAAACUCCAACCUUGAAAUAAUCGUAUUUUUGAAUUCCCCUUUAAAACAUUUUAUUUCUUACUCUUAUUAUGUCAAGAUUUGCCAAAAAGUUCCAAUCGCUGCGUCAAUAAAAUUAAUUCUUGAUAAUUUCAUUCAAGUAUCUGAAAUAAGAAUAAAAAUUUUUGUAGGGCAUGCCCAAGCAGCAACGUCUGCUUCAAUACGCCACCUCUGUAGCCGAGUGUCCAACUGAAGCUUUCGCCUACGGACGCUGCGUCUCCUCUCAAGCCGAAAGAGUCAAGCAACACGACUGUCAAGCCGAGUUCAAGAAGCUGCUGGAUUGCGUGACGAAGCAACUGAAAAAGAAGUAA